AUGAAGGAUACGAGUGACAUCAAGGGUGCUAAUUCUGUAGUUAAUAAAAGAGAAAUCUUUGUGAAUUGGAAAGCUCCUCCGAUUGGUUGGUUGACCCUUAAUAUAGAUGGGGCUGCCAAAGGUUUCCCUGGGCUAGUUGGUGGAGGAGGUGUCAUUCGGGAUUAUGAAGGCAGAUUUGUGCGAGGUUUCACAGCAAAGUUUGGAAGUUGUACCACUUUCAAGGCAGAAGUAAAAGCUGCUACUCUGGGGCUUAAAAUGGCUGUAAACAUGGAAGCACAAUUUGACCGAUUUCAAAUUCGAACCUUAAGCUCUUGGGCAAAGUUGUUUGGUUUUUUUGCCGUCGGAACAAUUGGAAAAAUCACUGGUGCUCUUCUAUCUGGGUUUCUUUUUGGAAUUCAAUGGCGUGAUUCUAUAAUGCUUGCAUCACUUUUGAAUGUCAAAGGCCAUUUACACAUAUAUGUGGCUAUUAUUGCUAUGAAGAAAAACAUUAUCACUUAUUCUACGUGUAUUGGCUUGCUAUUAGCAAUGCUCCUCAAGAUUGUAUACAUCCCAAUGGUUGCACAAUACAUCAUUCAACGUGCUAGGAAACGGUUGCCAAAGCAACCUUUAGCACUACAGUGGCAUAAUCCUACUGAAGAGCUUCGAAUCCUACUAUGCUUCCAUGGACCCGAAAAUGUUCCUUGUGCCAUAAAUUUCAUGGAGAUCUCCAAGGGGACAGGUGACCCAGGCAUAUUAGUAUAUGCUACUGACAUGGUAGAACUCACAUACCAAAUUGCUGACACAUUAGUUCCAGGAGAAAUAGAUAGUGUAGAGGUGACAGAUUCAAAAGUAAUCCGAAUCAGAGAGCAAAUCACCACUGCACUACAAGAGUAUAUUCAGAAUAACGGAGAUGGAAUCACCCUUCGGAGAGCCAUGGCCUUAGCCACUUACAACACCAUGCACCAAAAAAUUUGCAACUUAGCAGAGGAUUCAAUAAUAAGCUUAAUUGUACUUCCAUUUCAUAAUGGUCCUCCAAUUGACGAACAUACAGAUUCCAAACUUGCAGGAUUUAGAUAUGUUAAUCGCAAGGUACUUCGCAAUGCCCCAUGCUCUAUAGCAAUCAUGGUGGAUCGAGGUUUUGGUGCAAGCAACCAAAUAUUAAAGUCAUUAAGCAGCGCUUUGAAUACUGUCGUUAUAUUUAUUGGAGGCAAAGAUGAUAGAGAAGCAUUAGCCUAUGCAAGUCGUAUUGCUUACCAGCGUGGAGUGAAGCUCACAGUCAUGAGAUUUCUAGUAGAUUCUGAUGUAGAGAAUAAUAAUACGAGAAAAACAUAUCAGCAAGAAGAAGAGAUGGAGCUCGAUGAUGAAUGCUUUGCAAAAUUUUAUGAGAAGCAUAUUGCAGGAGGAAAUGUGUCCUACUUGGAGAAACAUUUGGUCAAUUUAGCACAAGUGUACACUACAUUACAAUCAUUAGAAGGGCAAUAUGGACUUUUCAUUGUGGGCCGAGGAGGUCGGGUCAAUUCAAUGUUGACAAUGGGGAUGAAUGAUUGGGAGCAAUGUCCAGAAUUAGGGCCUUUAAGAGAUAUUUUAUCUGGACCUAAUUUUUCCACUACCGCCUCAGUUUUAAUUAUUCAACAACACAACCCUAAAGUUGAACCUAGGGGAGCAAAUGCCUGA